AUGUCAACAUCUCCCGCCGCAAGCUCCAGUAACAAGCCGACCAUGGAGAAGACUGAGCAGGCAGGGGAGGUCACUGCCGAUCAGGCACUUGCCCAGCUUGGAUAUACGGCGGAGCUGCCCAGGAAUAUGGGCAUGCUGAGUAUUCUCGGCUUAUCAAUCGCCAUCAUGUCUGUCCCGCUGGGCAUCUCGACAACCAUGUACAUCUCGUUGACAGAUGGACAGUCAGUGACAGCGCUCUACGGCUGGUUACUGGUCUCCAUAGUGUCCUUGUGCACUGCUGCGUCCAUGGCCGAAAUAUGCGCCGUGUACCCGACAGCCGGUGGUGUUUAUUACUGGUCAGUCGUCUUGUCCACACGUCAGUGGGCUCCGCUGGCUAAUAAGGUCGUAGGGGGAUACACCAUGAUCGGUUACGGCAUGGUCGCUUCAAUGUGUGAAGAGGUACCGAAUCCUCACCGAGAGGUCCCAAAGGGCUUAGUCCUCUCCGUUCUCGCCGCGGGCAUAACCGGCUUGGUUUAUCUGAUUCCUAUCCUUUUUGUACUCCCUGAAGUGUCGCUGUUACUUUCCGUCGCCAACGGUCAACCCAUCGGCCUUCUCUUCAAGAUCGUUACCGGCUCAGCUGCCGGCGGCUUCGGUCUUCUGUUCCUUCUACUAGGUAUUCUCUUGUUUGCUGGUGUUGGCGCCAUUACUGCAGCUUCCCGGAUUACCUACGCCUUUGCCCGCGACAAAGCAAUUCCUGGACAUCAUAUCUGGAGCCGCGUGGAUAGGCGACUGGGUGUCCCAGUCUGGUCGCUCACGCUGACAGCCGCGGUCAACGCCCUUCUCGCAUGCAUCUAUUUCGGCUCAUCGGCUGCUUUUAAUUCCUUUACAGGAGUGUGCACCGUCUGUCUAUCCACCUCAUAUGGGCUUCCGGUUUUUGUUAGUGUGUUGCGAGGCCGACGCGCCGUGGCUAACUCCCCUUUCAGCCUUGGGAGGUUAGGUCUGUCUAUCAACAUGAUCUGUAUCAUAUGGAUCGCCUUCUCGAUGGUCAUUUUCUGCAUGCCCGUGGCCCUGCCAGUGGAUGCGUCGACGAUGAACUACGCCAGCGUCGUGUUCGCAGGCUUCGCAGGUGUAAGUUUGCUGUGGUAUCUUGCGUACGGUCGGCAGCACUUCCACGGCCCACCCCUGCUGGAGGGAGAUCUGUGA